AUGUCCGGCCAGAGCUUGACGGACCGAAUCACCGCCGCCCAGCAUAGUGUCACCGGCUCCGCCGUUUCCAAGACAGUAUGCAAGGCCACGACCCACGAGAUCAUGGGGCCCAAGAAAAAGCACCUGGACUAUUUAAUUCAGUGCACAAAUGAGAUGAAUGUGAACAUCCCGCAAUUGGCAGACAGUUUAUUUGAAAGAACUACUAACAGUAGUUGGGUGGUGGUCUUCAAGUCUCUCAUUACAACUCAUCAUUUGAUGGUGUAUGGAAAUGAGCGCUUUAUUCAGUAUUUGGCUUCAAGAAACACAUUGUUUAACUUAAGCAAUUUUUUGGAUAAAAGUGGAUUGCAAGGCUAUGAUAUGUCUACAUUUAUUAGGCGGUAUAGUAGAUACCUAAAUGAGAAAGCUGUUUCAUACAGACAAGUUGCAUUUGAUUUCACGAAAGUGAAAAGANGGGCUGAUGGAGUUAUGAGAACAAUGAACACAGAAAAACUGCUAAAAACCGUACCAAUUAUUCAAAAUCAAAUGGAUGCCCUUCUUGAUUUUAAUGUAAAUAGCAAUGAACUUACAAAUGGGGUAAUAAACGCUGCCUUCAUGCUCCUGUUCAAAGAUGCCAUUCGACUAUUUGCAGCAUACAAUGAAGGAAUUAUUAACCUUUUGGAAAAAUAUUUUGAUAUGAAAAAGAACCAGUGCAAAGAAGGUCUUGACAUAUAUAAGAAGUUCUUGACUAGGAUGACAAGAAUCUCAGAAUUUCUCAAAGUUGCAGAGCAAGUUGGAAUUGACAGAGGUGAUAUACCAGACCUUUCCCAGGCCCCUAGCAGUCUUCUUGAUGCUUUGGAACAACAUUUAGCUUCCUUGGAAGGAAAGAAAAUCAAAGAUUCUACAGCAGCAAGCAGGGCAACAACACUUUCCAAUGCAGUCUCUUCCUUGGCAAGCACUGGCCUGUCUCUAACCAAAGUGGAUGAAAGGGAAAAGCAGGCAGCUUUAGAGGAAGAACAGGCUCGUUUGAAAGCUUUAAAGGAACAGCGACUAAAAGAACUUGCAAAGAAACCUCAUACCUCUUUAACAACUGCAGCCUCUCCUGUAUCCACCUCAGCAGGAGGUAUAAUGACUGCACCAGCCAUCGACAUAUUUUCUACUCCUAGUUCUUCUAACAGCACAUCAAAGCUGCCAAAUGAUCUGCUUGAUUUACAACAGCCAACUUUUCACCCAUCUGUACAUUCUAUGUCAACUGCUUCUCAGGUAGCAAGUACAUGGGGAGGAUUCACUCCUUCUCCAGUUGCACAGCAACAUCCUUCAACUGGCCUUAAUGUUGACUUUGAAUCUGUGUUUGGAAAUAAAUCUACAAAUGUUAUUGUAGAUUCUGGGGGUGGACUUCUCAAACCAACAGUGGCCUCUCAGAACCAGAGUCUUCCUGUUGCCAAACUCCCGCCUAACAAGUUAGUAUCUGAUGACUUGGAUUCAUCCUUAGCCAACCUUGUGGGCAAUCUUGGCAUUGGAAAUGGAACUACUAAGAAUGAUGUAAAUUGGAGUCAGCCAGGUGAAAAGAAGUUAACUGGAGGAUCUAAUUGGCAACCAAAGGUAGCUCCAACAACUGCUUGGAAUGCUGCAACAAUGAAUGGCAUGCAUUUUCCACAAUACGCACCGCCUGUAAUGGCCUAUCCUGCUACUACACCAACAGGAAUGAUAGGAUAUGGAAUUCCUCCUCAAAUGGGAAGUGUACCAGUUAUGACACAACCAACCUUAAUAUACAGCCAGCCUGUCAUGAGACCACCAAACCCCUUUGGCCCUGUAUCAGGAGCACAGAUACAGUUUAUGUAACUAGAUGGAAUCGGAUGGAAUUACUCUAAAACAACAAGUGCUCAAGCAGCAAAUUCUUACUUCCAGCAAAAUCCAAACUGCUGUCUCUUAAACUCUCUUCCAUUAGAAUGCUACAGUAACCUUGUGAAGGCCCAUGAAGGAAAUUGGGACUAGUCUAUAGGAGAAUGUAUCAGUACAGUUUAUAAAGCCAAGAAUUGCCAUGAUUUAAGACUUAAGAUCUGUCUUUUUGGUGACUAACCCUUCAGUUCUUUCAACUUCUAUUAAUACCCAUAAUCAGUAAACUACCAAGAGAAGACCUUAUUUGCAAAGUGUGAAAUUUGGAAAAGCUGCCUGAAGAGAAGAGUUGUGUCCUUUACUAUAAUUCACCAGGACUCUUUUGGGGGGGAUAAAAAUUAUAAUUCUUAAUUAUACAGUAUCUUUCUUUUCU